AACAUGUUGACACCCGGUUCAGCUACAUGACAGAGACACUCUCCAUCUGCGUUAUCUAGCAAUCUAUACAACUAGAGUGACAGAUCUUCAAGUAAACAUGGAUUACAGGUAGACCAAUCACAGGCUUUCCUUGAGCACUUAUGAUGUUGUCAGCCUGUAAUACGGGAGCAUCUGCUGGUGGAGGAGGAAGUGUUGUCAUGGAGACGUCUAACUUCGCCCAUGUCAUCUUCCAGAAUGUUGGGAAAAGCUUCCUCCCGCAGGCCGCGCUUGAAUGUCAUUACACACUCACCCCCUUCAUCACCCCACAUCCCAAAGACUGGGUUGGCAUAUUUAAGGUGGGCUGGAGCAGUGCGAGAGACUACUACACGUUUCUCUGGUCUCCCAUGCCUGAAAACUACACUGAGGGAUCCACUGUUCACCGAACCAUCAUCUUUCAGGGAUAUUAUGUUCCCCGUAGUGAUGGUGAGUUUUAUCAGUUCUGCUAUGUCACACACACGGGUGAAAUCAGAGGUGCGAGCACACCAUUCCAAUUCCGCCCGGCCACACCCACAGGGGAGGAGCUACUGAUCGUGGAAGAUGAUGGGAACUCAGACAUACUGGUUGUGACGACAAAGACUGGACUACUUGAGCAGCGUGUUGAGGAAGUUCAACAGGAGUGCAAAGAACUGCAGAAAGCACUACGCCUCCUCACACAGGAGAGAGAUCAGCUACAGGAGAGACAGAGACAACAGAACCAGAAAGGCUUGCGUGAGGAGAAGGAGGAGGCUCAAGCCAGAGUCAGACAACUUGAACAGGACCUGCUAGAAAUCACACAAAAAGCUGUUCUUAAAGAGACUGAACUGGACUGUUUAAGAGACAGGCUGCAGAAAGUGAUUUCUGAGAGGGACGGUCUACAAACUCAACUGAAGAACGAGAGAGACGAGAGGGAGCUUUACAAAUCUCACGUGCGCAGUGCCGAGCUGGAAAACACUAAACUCAGUGCAGAGCUGCAGAUGCUGAAGGCAGUGGAGCUAAACAGAGAGGUCACCAUCGCACAGUACCAGGAGGAACUGCACAGGCUACGCACAGAGAGGGACACACACCCCGCUGAUGCCGUAAUAGAUUGUCUGAAAAUGCAGUUGCGUCAAGCUGAGGAGCAGCUCCAGGCCUCGCGGCAGCAGGCCACCAUGUUGGGUUCUGAGUUACGUGAUGCCUCCGGCGGGCAAGAUCGCACCAUGGCUGAGCUGUACCGUGCCCGUCAGGAGACAGAAGACCUACGAGCCUAUUUAGCUGAAGCCCAGGAAGAAUGCAGACAUGCUCAGAAUCAGCUUGACAGGAUGAGAAGCCAGGCAUCACAGGAAGUGGGCAGGGCUGGAGUGGGUGUAGUUUCAGAGCUGGAGGCGGAGCUACAAAAGGAGGUUGAGGAACUAAAGCUGCGUCUGAAUAUGGCUGCAGAGCACUACAAAGAGAAAUACAGAGAGUGCCAACGUUUGCGAAGACAAGUCACCAAACUGACACAGCAACAAGAGAUGCAGCAGGGGGACUGUAACAGGAAUGAUGCCUCUACAGAGACCACACAGGAGUUACACACACCAGAUGCUGAGACGCCUCCCACAGAUCAAUAUCCUGCUGAGAUCAAACCUGUGACACUAAGAGAUGCCGAGAGACUGGGAAUUGAAGGCAGACCUGGACAGGAGGGGAAGGAAGAGAAAAAAGAGGAAGAGGAGGAAGACGACGAAGAUGAAGAGGAGGAGGAUGAGGACGAGGAGGAAGAGGAGUGCAGUGUGUCAGUCGAAGCUGAGCUUGCCUGCAUGGAGGAGAAAUGGAGAGAGCAGUACACCAUCAAUGAAAACCUGAAGCUCCUGCUAGCCAGUGAGGAGCAGCGGUUUAAAACUCAAGUGGCAGAGAAGGUCAGAGAGGUGUCUGCUCUGAGGGAGAGUCUUGUGGUGGUGACCAGGGAGAAAGAGAGACUGGAGAAGGAGUUGCGGCAGUGUAUGAACAGAGUGGAGGCAGCAGGGAGUCGGAGGUCAGACGUAAGAGAGCCAAUGAUUCUGCGAUACCCACUGCCGUAUACACAAGACCAACCUCCACCUCCUCUGGUGCCCCAACAACCAGCUGAACUGCAGUACGGAAACCCCUAUUCAGAGCAAGAGACCCGGGAUGGAGCAGAUGGGGCAUUAUCCCCAGAACAAACCUGCAGGCCCCCUCCUUUGGCUCCACCGCCGUGGGGUGGUCCUGUGGUCUGCAGUCAGCCAUCACGCAGUCUCAGCCCCCCUGAUGGCCUGGAGAAUCCCGCUGAAGAGCGGCCUAACGGAGGUGAUGGUGAGGCCCCUGUAGUCUGCGAUCAUCAGAGCCUGGAAUCUAACGAGAGCCACACCAGCUUCUGCUUUGAUACCAGACCCGAUGUUCAUAAGCGGUGUCCCCUGUGUGAGGUGAUCUUCCCGCCACACUUUGAGCAAAGCAGUUUCGAACGACACGUGGAGUCUCACUGGAGGGUAUGUCCCGUCUGCAGCGAGCAGUUUCCUCUGGACUGCCAGCAGCAUCUCUACGAAAAGCAUGUGCACACACACUUUGAAGACAAUGUUCUGAACUUUGACAACUUUGAUUAGAGAAGAAAAAAAAUAUUUAUUUGCUUUUAGUUUAAUAUAAAAUGCCUCAGGUGAUUCAGGGGCUUCAGUGUUUUGUUCGAAACACGCUGAUGUUGUCACUUUGUCGUAACCACUGCACUCAUGCCAGGAGGACUAGAUUUGAUUUGCACAUAGACAAACAUUAAUUCAGAUAUUUAAACUUCUAAGGGAGAGAAUACUGUAAUAAUGGUCUUCCGGUGUAAUAGAUAUGUAUAAAAAAAAUGAAAAGCACUUUUUUUUUGUUUAAAAUUGUGUACUACUGAUUGUGCUAUAAAAUGAGAGCUUUAGGUUGUUGUUUAUGAAAAUGUGGAUUCAUUUUAAAGGACCAAUGAUGCAAUGAUGUAUGUUUAUUUUGCCAAAAGGAAAUGACCAUAAUUAAUAAACCCAAAUCACUAAAAUUACUCUUAAAUCGUUACCUCAGAGACAUUGAAUGCUUUCUGUGUGAAGCAGUCACUAAAACACUAAUUUAAAGGGAUAGUUCACCUAAAAUUGGAUAUUCUGUCACCAUUUAAUCGCCCUCAUUUUGUUCUAAAACUAUAUAACAUUCUUCUGUGAAAUUAAAUGCUGGUUGUGCUUUAAAUCUUAUUACAAUAAAUAUAGACCAGAGCUUUUAAGCUUCAGAAAAGAUGUAAAAGCACUAUAAAAAAUAUCAUAAAAGUGGUUUAAAACGGUUGAAGUUGAGCCAAUGUACUGAAUUAAAAGGAAGCCUGUUUCUGCCACAGUUUUGAACUCACAAUUCUGAGAAGAAAAGUAUUUGUGAGAAGAAAAUAUUUUUUUUGUUUAUCCCAUGGCGGAAACAAGCUUCCAUACUGAAUCAGUCCAAUUUGUGAAUGCAAUUCAUUUAGGAAGCUUGAAAGCUAGUCUCCAUUUAUUCUACUAGUAGCUCCUUUCAAUAAUCCAAUUGCCAUAAAAUUUUCUUAUUCUGUGUAAUAA